AUGGUUACGGAAGAUUGGUCGAACGAACAAGUAGUUAAUCGUGCAAAUAAAAUUAUUGUUGAAGUUCAAUUGCGUAAAUAUGGGAAAUUUAUUGAAAAACAUACAAAUAAAUUACGAUCAAUCGAAGAAUCUUUUACGGAAAGUAAUAAAAAUUUUGGUUAUGAUCCGAUUAAUGUUAAACUCAAUGGAUGGGAACAGAUAGAACUUAUAAAUUUAAUUAAUACGGAUAACAAGAUAUUAAAUAAAGUAGUUUUAGUAUUAGCCAGUUUGUGCAUGGAAGUAAAAGAAAGAAGAGAAGAAGGUUAUAGUAAAUUUUGCAAUGCUCUUUUGAAAUACGGUGAAGAAUGCAGUAAUGACGAUGAAAAAAUUCUACACAUAACAAUUAGUAAUUAUUUACCACUUUUUCAAGAUUUAUAUUGUUUUGUUAAUAGAUGUCAUCAAAUAGUUAUUGAAAUUAUUAAACAAUUAGCUGCUAUUUAUACGACGUCGGAUAAAAAUUUAACAAUAAAUUCAAUGAAUGUACAUUUUGAAGAUAUGAUGGAUCAUUUAGGAGAAAUACUAACAAUACUUGUUACAUUGGAUAGAUUAAUAGAAAGCAUUGACAAUAUAUCAGAAGGUUGGUCACUUUAUAAAAGAUUAAUAAGAACAGUUCAGUUGAAUGUCAUACCUGAAAAACUUUCAAUGUUGGAAAACAUAACAAAAACAUUAGAAUCAAAUUUAUUAAGUGGAAAAAUAUUUCAUAACAUGUUAGAAAAACUUUCACAAAUAAGUCAAAUCGUGAGACAAUCGAAAUUAGGAGAUGAAUUUUUACUUUAUUUAAAAAAUAUGUUGACCAGAUUAGAGGGUAAAGAUUUAGACAUGAAUCAAAUGAUGAUGAAUCAUCAAGAAAAACUUUGGUCAAAAGUAAUAUGUUUGUUUGUUUUAAAUACAUAUUUGUUUGGUUUGCAUGAUAAAAAAUUAUUAAAACAAAUUUGGGAAGUGUCUAAAAAAAAUGUUUGCAUUAAUUUAUUUAAAAAUAUUAUAUGGUUUCCAGAUGAUUUUUUAUUUCAGCAUUUGUCACACAUUUUCAAAGCGGAUGAUAAAAAGCAAAAGCAAUCGAUUGUUAAUUUAAGAAAUGAACACCUCAAUCAAAAAGAUGCAAAUUUAUUUAACCAAGUGCAAAAAUAUUUACAAGAAACUUGCUUGUGGGUCAUACAAUUGAAUUCAGUUUUGAAAAAAGACAAAGGAAAUUUAAUAUUGGAUGAAUUAAAAGAAAAAUGUAAAUUGUUUUUAGCCGGUUCUAAAUUGGCAAGCGAUAUGAGUAGAGUUUUAAAAACGGUUUUAAAUCUUCAUACGGCUCUGAGUAAACCGAUGACAAAAGCGACUGUUUUGUAUUUAUGUAAAUUAAUCGAAUUGUUAAAAAGCAUUGAAAUGAUUUAUCAAAAUUAUUAUUUUUUCAUGUGCGAACCAUUGAAUCACAUAAGACAGUAUUUGGCAUAUUUAGCAUUGAAUACAAUUAAAAAUGCUAAAAGUAGAAUAUUAUCGGAUAAGUCAUACACAAAAAAACAUUUAGACACAUUAUCUGCUUUGGUACUUUCCGAAAAAGUCCUUCUCGGACCCGUUACCGUUGAAAGAUGUUUAAUUGCAAGAUUGGGUCUUUCCAUAGCCAGAGGAAACGCGAGCAAAGCGUUAAAAGACGAAGAAGUCGAACAAAUUUAUUUAAAUUUACAACUUUUAAAUAAAAUUUGUUUGUUGCAAAAAACCGUGACGGAAAGUUGCGACACGUCGUUUUUAUAUUUUCAAAGAGUCAUAUUGCCAAUAUAUUUUCAAAACGUUUGCAAAUCAAAAACUCCAUGUUUAAAAUUAUAUUAUUUCCUUAAUUCCAUGUCGGAUUCGACGAAAUUUUUAGAUUUAGAUUCGGCAAAUUUAUUCGAAGAUGACGUCAAUAAUAAAUUAACGAAAGAAGCAUUAAUGCCUUUGUGUGAAAGAGUAGAAACGAAUUUGAGGCUUCAGGUACAUUCGCACCUUCGUUUGAAUCAAAAUUCAAAUAAUCCUCUAUUGACUGGAGAAAACGAAAACGAUUUGAUGAGUUUGAUAGAUUUGAGUCCGAUGAAAUUAUUUUCCGGAUACGUUAACGUGAAAACUCACGUCGAACAUUAUCUUGAUAAAACAUUUUACAAUCUUACAACGGUGGCAUUGCACGAUUGGAAAAGUUACGGUGAAAUGAGGAGUUUGGGAAAGAUAAAAUAUAAUUUAAAUUUCGUUCAAAAUCAUUUACCCUAUCAAACGUUGGAACACGGAUUGGACGUUUUGGAAAUAAUGAGAAACAUACACAUAUUCGUGUCGAAAUAUUUUUACAAUUUAAAUAAUCAAAUAUUCAUUGAACAGUCUAGUCAAAAUAAACAUUUGAACACUAUUAACAUACGUCACGUGUCAAAUUCCAUAAGAAUGCACGGGACGGGGAUAAUGAACACGACCGUUAAUUUCACGUAUCAAUUCCUUAGGAAAAAAUUUUACAUAUUUUCACAAUUUCUAUUCGACGAACAAAUCAAAUCGAGACUCACCAAAGACAUUGUUUAUUACAAAGAGAAUAAAAAUUCAACGGAUCAAAAAUAUUCGUACGAAAGAGCGGAUAAAUUUAAUAAGGGAAUAAGAAAAUUGGGUUUGAAUGCGGACGGAUUGAGUUAUUUGGAUCAGUUUAGAAUAUUGAUAUCGCAAAUAGGGAACGCGAUGGGAUACGUGAGAAUGAUACGUUCGGGAGGCAUGCACUGGUGUUCGGAUUCUCUUAAUUUCAUACCGGAUUUAGAAGAAAUUUAUCAAUACGGUAACGCUUGCAGAACGGAGGGAUUGAGCGAAACGACGUGCGAAUCCGCGGAAAGGCUCGACGAAGUCAUCAACGAUUUGACUCAGAAUUUCGCUGAGGGAACGCAAUAUUUUAAAUUAUUAGUCGAAGUUUUUGCAAACGAUUUUCGAAAUCCUAAAAAUAGUCACCUUCAAAAUUUUUACAUAAUCGUACCACCUUUAACGAUUAAUUUUAUUGAAUACAUGAUAACGUCGAAGGAGAAAAUGAACAGGAGGAACAAGGUAGGAGCAACGUUUACGGAUGACGGUUUUGCCAUGGGAGUUGCGUACGUUUUAAAAUUACUAAAUCAAAAUAAACAAUUCGAAAGUCUCCAUUGGUUUCAAUCGGUCAGAGAUAAAUAUAACAAAGAUAAAAGUCCAUUGGAAAAAUCGGGUCCGGUGGAAGAAAAAUUAAAAACUACUAAUAUGCUUACGGCAAAAAGAUUAGACGCUUAUCAACUAAACAAAGACUUUGUUUAUUGUUUGCGCGAAAUGAAAAAUGACGUGGCAUCAGAUAAUUUUUAG